GCUGCGGCAUCAAGCAGGUUCCAUUAGAAAAAGGGGAGCAGCCGUCAAGAACAGACCCGAAGAAUUAUUGAGAAAGUUCCAUUUAACAAAAAUUUAUCUUUAUCAUAACCAUUGUUAGAGAAAAUAAUGGAGCAAAAGUGAGAAAAAAGAGCCAUCUCCUUUUGCCUGUCCAGUAAUUUUUGUGGUCAAAUGAAAAAAACUGGGAAUAUUGCGGAAAUUUUCAUCUUGUUUUUCUUUUGUUUUUUAAUUUCUUCCCUCUGUAAACAGAAGUUCCGAUGAGGCUCUUUCGGUUUUACAGACUCGUAGGCCAAAGAAAAGAGCUGGAUGGAGAAAAGGCCAAGGCCAAGUUUUCUCUCACUAAUAAUGCUCUCACUCUCUCAGGUUUCGAAAAUAGAAACUGGGUUUUUGUUCAGCUGGCUGUGUAAAAUGAUUGUUUCUACUCCUCGGUGUGUUUCUAAAGAGGCGUGGUUUUGAUUGGUUCAAAUGCCUGCUGCUGCUGCUGCUGUUGCUUCAUAACUUCUAGAGAGGAAAAACAAGUGGUUCUCCAGCCAUAUGUUGAACAAUCUUCGAAACCAGCUGCCUCUUCUCUUCAAUUCGCCUUCUGGGUUGCCUUUUUUUCCUUGUGGGGUUCUUCACAGAGCUCUGAUUUUGGCGAGUUUAUGACCUGUGUUGUGUAAUAAUUUCUGGGUCUUGCAGCAAUUUCUUUUUGUUUUUUGUAUUUUCGCAAAAGUACUUGCUGCAACCUGCAAUUUCUACUUAGAACACUUGUAUUUCGAUGCACUCUUCUGCCGGAACUGGGUUUCUCAAGCUGUUGAAAGAUUCAUAAGUGGGGGACUCGGGAGAAAACCAUGUCUCAGAAUUCUAAGUUCUUUUGUUCUAAGGUCCGAUUACCCGCUGGUUUCAGGGCGAAGAGAGCCAAGGAGCGUUUCCAUGGGCAACGGUGGAGUAACCUUCUUUAUCUAUUGCCAUUUGGGGUGAUUUUAAUUCUGGGUCUUUGGUCUAUGUUUAGUUUUUGUGAUGAGAACUCAGUUGGGGAAGUGGGGAUACCAGAUAUGUGUGAAGAGAAGGCUCGGAACUUGCUGCAGCAUUUCAAUGUCAGCGAGAGUCAACUUCAUGCUUUGGCUUCAUUAUUCUUUUAUUCAGAUCAGACAGCAUCUCUCCAGAGUGCGAAAGAUCCAGGGCCUGGUAUUGCAUUAAAAGAUUGCAUUGCUUGUGCUUUAAAGAUAUUAGAAGAGGAGCAAGACUUGCAACGACAUCAUGGGUGGCUUUUUGAAAAUAUACAAUCCAAAGGCCAGUGUCCAAUAAGGGGUGAGAUGGACUCCUUCAAUAUUGAUCUAUUGCAGUUAGUGGACAAAACUCGCUCACUUGCUUCACAUUCUUCAUUCACAUUUGUGUCUCCUUGUCAUCAGAUUCAAAGAGAGAAGGUCUUGCAUACUAGGGAAAUUGGAAAUGAGCAUUCUCGAAGUUUGAAUGGUUUAAUAAUGGCAUGCUUAUGGAUCCUUGCUGUAGUGAUAUCAUGCCUGAAGAUGUCUAGUUUUCAUUUGAAAUUAAGGAACCAUAAACACAAGCCAAUAAAGCAUCCAUCGGUCGAGAAUCAGCCAGUGAUUCAGCUGCAGCAGGUCUUGCUUCAGCAGAAGCAGUUAGAUCUAUCUCCAAGUCAUUCUAAAGGGGCUGGAAAAUGGAGAAAGAAGCUUCUUAUAAUAUUUGUGAUACUUGGGAUUAUUUCAUCCAUUUGGCUCUUUUGGUAUUUGAACAACAAAAUCAUCUUUAGGAGAGAAGAAACACUUACUAACAUGUGUGAUGAGCGAGCGCGAAUGCUACAAGAUCAAUUCAAUGUUAGCAUGAACCAUGUCCAUGCCUUGGCUAUUCUGGUUUCCACUUUUCAUCAUGGAAAACAUCCUUCUGCUAUUGAUCAGGAAACAUUCAGUGAGUAUGCAGAAAGAACGGCUUUUGAACGACCUCUAACCAGUGGGGUGGCUUAUGCUUUGAAAGUUAAUCAUUCAGAAAGAAAGCAAUUUGAAGAGGAACAUGGGUGGACAAUUAAGAAGAUGGGAACAGAGGACCAGACUCUAGGCCAGGACUGUAUUCCUGAGAAUUUAGAUCCUGCUCCCUUUCAGGAUGAAUAUGCACCUGUAAUAUUUUCACAAGAAACUGUAUCACAUAUAGUUUCCAUUGACAUGAUGUCUGGAAAGGAAGACCGCGAAAACAUCUUGCGAGCAAGGGCUUCAGGGAAGGGAGUUCUGACAUCUCCUUUCAAGCUACUUAAGUCCAAUCACCUAGGUGUUGUGCUCACUUUUGCUGUCUAUAACAUCGACCUUCCACCCGAUGCAACACCAGAGCAACGUAUUGAAGCUACUGUUGGGUAUCUAGGAGCAUCCUAUGAUGUUCCAUCACUGGUGGACAAGCUUCUUCACCAACUUUCCAGUAAACAAUCAAUUAUGGUUGAUGUUUAUGAUACAACUAAUGCAUCUGCUCCCAUCAAGAUGUAUGGAUCAGAUGUGACUGAUACUGGUCUAUUGCACAUAAGCAACGUGGAUUUUGGAGACCCCCAAAGGAAGCAUGAGAUGCAUUGCAGAUUUAAGCAGAAACCUCAAUUACCAUGGAUGGCCAUCAAUGCAUCAGUGGGAGUCCUAGUUAUCACUUUACUUGUUGGUCAUAUAUUUUAUGCGGCCAUAAGUCGAAUUGCGAAAGUGGAGGAUGACUAUCGUGACAUGAUGGAACUCAAAAGUCGUGCCGAAGCUGCAGAUGUGGCAAAGUCUCAGUUUCUUGCAACAGUUUCUCACGAGAUUAGGACGCCAAUGAACGGGGUUUUAGGGAUGCUGAAAAUGCUGAUGGACACUGAGCUUGACCCAAACCAACUGGACUAUGCCUUGACUGCAUAUGAGAGUGGGAAGGAAUUAAUAUCACUAAUAAAUGAGGUUCUUGAUCAGGCUAAAAUAGAAUCAGGCAGGCUUGAACUCGAAGAUGUACCAUUCGAUCCACGUGCUUUACUGGAUCAUGUGCUUUCAAUGUUUUCUGGAAAAUGUAAUGAGAAGGGGAUAGAGUUAGCUGUUUAUGUCUCUGAUCUGGUCCCUGAAGUUCUCAUUGGUGACCCGGGGCGCUUUCGGCAGAUAAUUACCAAUCUUGUGGGAAAUUCAAUUAAGUUCACAAACGACAAAGGACACAUAUUUGUAACUGUACACCUGGCAGAUGAAGUGAGGACUCCACUUGAUGCAAUGGACAAUGUGCUGAGACAAAGCUUAAAUCUAGUACAAGAGAUGCCGAGAAAAAGUCACAAUACAUUAAGCGGGUUUCCAGUGGUCGAAAGGUGCAAGAGUUGGGAGCAUUUCAAGAUAUUUAGUAGAACAGAUGCAAUGAAGGAGCAUGACAUGAUUAAAUUGCUUGUAUCAGUCGAGGAUACAGGUCAUGGAAUUCCUUUAGAAGCGCAAAAUCGAAUUUUUAUGCCUUUUAUGCAAGCUGAUAGUUCCACGUCGCGCAAGUACGGUGGGACUGGAAUAGGUCUGAGCAUCAGCAAAUGUCUGGUGGAUCUAAUGGGUGGAGAGAUAGGUUUUGUGAGCCAACCUGGUGUUGGCAGCACAUUUUCAUUUACAGCGCGUUUGAGCAAAGGCGAUAUGAUGUCUCUUGAUACGAAGUGGCAGCAGUAUGAUCCAGCGACAUUAGAUUUCCGAGGACUGCGAGCAUUGGUAAUAGAUAAUAGAAGCAUUAGAGCUGAGGUAACAAAAUAUCAUCUCCAGAGGCUAGGGAUAUUGGUGGAUAUAGUUUCAGGUCUGGUUUCAGCACAUGAAUACUUGACCAAUAUUUGCAUCAAAAGUCCAUCCAAGCCUUUGGCCAUGGUGCUUAUUGACAAAGACGUUUGGGAUAACAAUACCGGUCCCAGAAUCCAUCGCGUAUUUAGAGAUCAUGGCAUAAUUGGCAAGGAAGAAUCAACAGAAAGUCCUAAGAUCUUUCUCUUAGCUACCUGCCCUCAAGAGAUGGGCGAUCUCAAAUCCGCCGGUUACGUCAAUAAUAUAAUGAGAAAACCCCUUCGGUUGGGCGUCUUGAUCGGAUGCUUCCAGGAAGCAUUUGGAAGCAGCAAGCAUAAGAAGGUAAACAGAAAGAAACCGUCUAUUCUCGGGACGUUACUGAGAGAGAAGCAAAUAUUGGUAGUCGACGAUAAUGCAGUUAAUAGAAGAGUUGCAGAGGGUGCUCUAAAGAAAUACGGAGCAAAGGUUACCUGUGUGGAAAGUGGUAGAGCCGCUCUUUCAUUGUUGCAUCCACCACACAAAUUUAAUGCUUGUUUCAUGGAUCUUCAGAUGCCUGAGAUGGAUGGGUUUGAAGCGACACGGCAGAUACGAAAUAUUGAGAAUAAGGUUAACGAGGACAUUGCUUCUGGGAAAGCAUCAAUCGAGACAUUUGGGAAUGUGGCUCAUUGGCACAUUCCAGUCUUGGCCAUGACAGCUGAUGUAAUCCAGGCUACAAAUGAAGCAUGCAUGGAGUGCGGGAUGGACGGUUAUGUCUCAAAGCCUUUCGAAGAAGAACAACUAUAUUCAGAGGUGGCACGUUUCUUCGAGUCCGAGGGUUGAGUAGAACAUGAAUGGAAUGACUAUUCUGAGUUGAGUGUUCCAGUCAAGAUAUGGCUCCUAUGUUUCAUAUAGGGGGAUGGAGAUUGACUCUAGUAAUGUGAGUUGCAUCUGAUUAAAGGCCAUACUAGAACGAUGCAUUGGGUAGAAUCAUCUCGAGAACAUCCUGAUCUUUCUUGUUGGCGACAAGAUUCGGUUCGGGUCAGAGAUGAAUGAAGGAUAUCUGGAUAUUGAAGGAUCAUCGGAGAGCCUAUUGUCGACAAACUGGUAACUUCAUUGAUUCCCAUAUUUUGCCCAGGCUAGGACUACAAUAGUACAGUAGCCGAUUGAUCUCGUCACUCCCUUCACAUUGGUUCAUCCUGCAAAAUCUUUGGCCAUUGCGAAAGGUGAUUGGCCAAAGAAUCUACUUGACAUCUCAGUUGCAAGAUUGGAUAAUCUACUUGACAUCUCAGUUGCAAGAUUGGAUAAUCUACUUGACAUCUCAGUUGCAAGAUUGGAUACCCGCAUCAGAUCAAAGUUCCAUUUAUGUACACAAAUGCAGGGAUCAUUCAUUCGAGCAAAUGUCGAUCAUAUGUGUAGAAGAUUGGCACUCCAAACAAGAAUCAGCUUCACAGAUUUCAUGAAGGCCAUGAAUGAUGAAUGGUUAUCAUCCUACCAAUACUUGGAUCCUAAUUCUUUGAUACUUCAGAAAGUACAAGGGAGCUUACAAGGUGAAUAGAAGUACAAAAGUCUGUACCAAACUCUCGAUACAGUUCUCAAAAUUUCAUGGCUGAAAUGGGAACUAAAUCCCGAUAACGAACUAGCUAGAAUCAUUUUCUAAAUGCAUGAUAAUUUAGAACCAAGGGAGAAUUCGUUUGUACAGCUGAAUACUUGUUUCGCAUUCUUAGACAGCUUGCGGAUCUUGAAUCUUCACAGAAGUUAUUUAUACUGUAAGAGUUCCAGAAA